GUCACGUGUACGUAGUGCAGGAAGCGGAACAAGUGGAGAGGAAUUUUCUUUUGUUUUGCGCUGUUAAAUGCGAGUUUGAACGUCGGUAAGAAUUUUAAGCAGAGAAUCGAACAGACAUUUGACUGCUGUAUACAGUAACCUCUCAGGUGUCCAAGAAAGCCUAUCCAAACUGUCUGCUACUGUGAGUCAAAUUACAGGAAAGCAGCAUGAAUUUAGAACGCCUACCCAAUGAGGAGAAACUCGGCUUAUGCAGGAAAUAUUACCUCGGUGGGUUUGCCUUCCUUCCGUUCUUGUGGUUGGUGAAUGUGGUGUGGUUUUUCAGAGAAGCUUUUGUGAAGCCGGCAUACACCGAACAACUUCAGAUCAAAACAUAUGUAAAGCGAUCGGCGUUAGGGUUGCUAUUAUGGGUAGCGGUACUCACUACAUGGAUAACCAUAUUCCAACACUUCAGAGCACAGUGGGGAGAGGUGGCAGAUUAUCUCUCCUUCACAAUUCCACUGGGCAUACCAUGAGAAGCACGACAUGGAGAAAACUGAAAGUCACUGAUGAUCCACAUACCAAAGCAUGUCCCACAUAGAUCUGUAAAAAAAAAAAUUCUCCUUUGACUGAAAUAGUUAUGGGUGCAUCGGGCUACUGUACUAAUAUAGACAACAGCAGAAUUGAUUGGCAUAAGUAGCAUAGGAACCAUGCAUAGGCUAAUCAUUGUUAUUUCCUUGACUUUAAUGAAUGGGGAAAUGCUACGACUGCACCUUUCUCGAAAUGUUCUAGUUGAUUCAAAAGAUUAAUAUUUUAGUGUGUGGAAGGUUGUACACUUUAGAACCUUUUUUACGACUGUAUGUAUGACAAAUAAAUCGUACGUCCAUGAACUUUCUCAAUUA